UUUGAGUUCACAGGAGAGUCUGGACCGAACUGGACACUACACUGAAGCUGAGAACACGUUCCUGUUUGAUUUUCAGUGGCAUGGCAAAUAUUGGUGCAUGGAUGCAUCUAAAGAAGACUCGUCUUUGGGAAGACUUGCAAACGAUGAGACCAGAAAUCCUACUUGCAAAAUGAGAACCGUUGAAGUGAGCAGAAAACCUCACCUGUGUCUGUUUGCUGUACGAGACAUUCUACCAGGAGAGGAAAUCACUUACAAUUAUGGAGACUCAGAUUGGCCAUGGCGAGUCAAGACUUUGAAUAAAGCAUCAGCAGAAUCCACUGAUAAAACGAGAGCCAGCAGUUUGCGCCUGCAUAAAUCCCCCCAUUGUGUAGCUUCUGUUUCCUCUCCUGAACUGGACAAGGUAAACAGCAAUGGUCCUCAUAAGCAGUCAGGCAAAGCAAGAACAUCAAGGAAUAAAACGGCGGCCAGUCUCUUUUUUUCUGUAGCCACUCCAAAGUCCAAGUCACCCACGUCACCUUCAACCUCGCCUGUGCAGCCCUCAUCAUCCUCGCCUGCCUACAGAGGAGGAGAGUGUAUCAACAAAGCUGCUUGCGAAUGUGGCAUAAAGAACCCUGAAGCACUGUCAUCAACUAGGCUUAGGAAACACAUAGCAACCAUGUCUAAAAUUCUUAACCUUAAUGAGAAUGAAGCAGACCAAUUGGCUGAUUUCCUUGGUCACGAUAUCCGAAUCCACAGACAGUUUUAUCGGUUACCAGAGGGAACACUGGAGCUGGCAAAAAUGAGUAAAGUCCUAAUGGCCAUGGAGAAAGGAACACUGUCUGACUACAAAGGAAAGAAACUUGAUGACAUUGAAAUCGACCCAAAUGAGCAACUUGAGGCCCAAGGUGAUUCCAUGUCAAGUGAUGAGGUGGAUUCCAGUGACCUAUCUCAGACACCAGCACCAGUACAGACUGAUCAACCUGUUCAAUCUGAACAAGCUGUUUCACAGGAGGAUCAAGGUUCUUCAAAUGCUCCAAAAAAGAAAUGGGAGGACAGUGAGGUAAAAGCAGUAGAGAGACACAUGAUGAGUUUCAUCAAGACAUGCAAAGUUCCUGGUAAGCAAGACUGUGAAAGAUGCAUUCACGCAGAGUCAGAAGCUUUACGCAGCGAACAUGGACUGGUGUGAAAAAUUAUGUGCGGAACAGGAUCACGACUCUUAAAAGAAAGGGUGGUUUGUAGGGAGGGACAAACACUUCAACACUUUGCACAUUAUGCUCUUUUUGUAGGAAAUGGAGCUAAAUUAAAAGAAAUGAGGAUAAAGGUGUAGAAAUAUUUUGUGGAUGGAAUGAUACAGAAUAUAAAGUGAAAAGUUAGAGUAUAAGAAGGCUAAUGAAGAAGUAGAGGAUAGUAAGAGUCAAUUUUCUUUGUUCAGUUACAAUAUAGUUGGAUGAAAUGUCAUGUUAAACUUUUUGAUAUUUCUGUCAUAGAGGGAGGGGAGAAUGUAAAGAUGAUAAAAAAGGGAAGAGUGAAUAGCUGUGCUGGACAUGGGCUGUGGCUGGAUGUAACUGAUUGGUGAGAGUUAAUGUGUGCAGACGAGAGAAGCUGAAAACUGAGAUGUGAUGUCAGACACUUUCUGCUUCCCGUAGUGAUGCAGAGCCAGAAGCUUUGAAGCAGCGAACAUGGACUGGUGUGAAAAAUUAUGUGCGGAACAGGAUCACGACUCCUAAAAGAAAGGGUGGUUUGUAGGGAGGCACAAACACUUCAACACUUUGCACAUUAUGCUCUUUUCGUAAGAAAUGGAGCUAAAUUAAAAGAAAUUAAGAUAAAGGUGUAGACAUUAAAAUUAAGAGACGCUCGUGCUGUUUGCAUACUUUACCACAGCUGAAGUAGAAAAAAUGCAUUAUUUUCCAAAUACACAGAUAUUUCGGAGACAUUUUCAUUCAAUACAUGCACUGCUUGAUACAGUGUCUGUUUGUACAAGAAUAAAGUUCAACAUAAGCCUAAAUACAAACGUAAAGCGGGAAGAGAGAAUGUAAAGGGGGACGUUAAAGGACGUAAAGUAGAAGAGCAUGUAAAGGGGACGUAAAGAGGGAGGAGAGAAUGUAAAGGGGACGUAAAGAGGGAGGAGAGAAUGUAAAGGGGACGUAAAGAGGGAGGAGAGA